UAAUUUCUCUGCCAGGUGUAUGGGACUUAGAUUCUCGAAGCAGUGCACUGAACUGUUAAAGGUAAACUAUGACCACUUUACUAUUGGUGUUUGUGUGUUUGCAAGUCAUCACUGCAGCCGUCUCUGUGGAGCUCUCAGACAAUAGUGAUGGCCUGGAAGUGAAGAUACCUGAGCAGUCUCCCCUGCGUGUUGUCCUGGGAAGCUCCCUGAACAUCCCUUGUUACUUCAACAUCCCUGAGGAAGAUGACACCAGUGCUCUGCUGACCCCACGGAUCAAAUGGAGCAAGCUCUCAAAUGGGACAGAAGUUGUCUUGCUAGUGGCUACCGGUGGGAAAAUCCGACUCAACAUGGAGUACAGGGAGGUGAUCUCUUUGCCCAAUUACCCUGCCAUCCCCACCGAUGCCACCUUGGAAAUCAAGGCACUAAGAUCCAACCACACUGGGAUUUAUCGCUGUGAAGUGAUGCAUGGGAUUGAGGACAGACAAGACACCAUAGAGGUCCUAGUAAAAGGCGUUGUAUUCCACUACAGAGCAAUCUCCACGAGGUACACCUUGAACUUUGAGAAGGCCAAGCAGGCCUGCAUCCAGAACAGUGCUGUCAUUGCUACUCCCGAGCAGCUGCAAGCUGCCUAUGAAGAUGGGUACGAGCAGUGUGAUGCCGGCUGGCUGGCUGAUCAGACUGUCAGGUACCCCAUCCACCGUCCCCGAGAGCGUUGCUACGGUGACAAGGAUGAAUUUCCCGGAGUGAGGACCUAUGGUGUCCGGGAGACUGAUGAAACCUAUGAUGUUUACUGCUACGCAGAGCAAAUGCGAGGUAAAGUCUUCUAUGCCACCUCCCCGGAGAAGUUCACCUUCCAGGAAGCCUUUGACAAAUGCCGCAGCCUGGGUGCCCGUUUGGCCACCACCGGGGAGCUGUACCUGGCGUGGAAGGAUGGCAUGGAUGUGUGCAGUGCGGGCUGGCUGGCGGACCGCAGCGUCCGCUACCCCAUUUCCAGAGCACGGCCCAACUGUGGAGGAAACCUGGUGGGCGUGCGCACGGUGUACCUGUACGUCAACCAGACGGGGUACCCUCACCCUCACUCUCGCUACGAUGCCAUCUGCUACAGUGGCGAUGAUCUUGAAGCACUAGUCCCAGUGCAGUUCACUGAUGACACGGGAAGUGAGCUGGGCAGUGCGUUCACCAUCCAGACUGUCACCCAAACUGAAGUCGAGCUACCUCUGCCACACAAUGUCACACAGGAGGAGGCUCGUGGCAGCAUCGCUACCCUGGAGCCCAUUGAAAUCACACCCACUGCCACUGAGCUCUACGAAGGCUUCACCGUUGUGCCCGGACUCUUGCCCACUGGUGUCACAGCAGAGACAGCUUUCCCUGAAGAAGAAAAUGUGACCAGAGAAGAAGUCACACAAGGGUGGACUGUGCCUGAAGUUGUCACAACCUCAGUUUCAGACACUGCCUUCACCACUGGAACAGCAGAAGUGAGCUCGGUGGAAGAGGCCUUUGGGGUGACUGCCACCCCAGGACUAGCGUCUGCCUCUCCGUUCACAGCAGAAGAUCAGAUUGUACGAGUGACGGCUUACCCUGAUACUGCUCUCCUCCCUGAGCAGCCCAUUUCUCCCACAGGUGUGGUGUUCCACUAUCGUGCUGCCACCAGCAGAUAUGCCUUCUCCUUCGUGCAAGCCCAGCAGGCCUGCCUGGAUAACAACGCAGUCAUUGCCACCCCUGAACAGCUCCAGGCUGCCUACGAGGCUGGCUUUGAUCAGUGUGAUGCCGGCUGGCUGCGGGACCAGACAGUCAGGUAUCCCAUUGUGAAUCCCCGAAGUAACUGUGUAGGAGACAGAGAAGGCUCUCCGGGCGUGCGGUCCUACGGCAUGCGGCCAGCCUCAGAGACCUACGAUGUGUACUGCUACAUUGACAGGCUAAAGGGCGAGGUGUUCUUUGCAACCCAGCCAUAUCUAUUCACCUUCCAAGAAGCUCAGGAGUAUUGUGAGAGCCAAAAUGCCACUUUGGCCUCUGUUGGGCAACUCCAUGCUGCGUGGAAGCAGGGUCUGGACAGAUGCUAUGCUGGCUGGUUAGCUGAUGGCAGCCUCCGAUACCCAAUAGUGACCCCGCGACCUGCCUGCGGGGGAGAUGAGCCUGGUGUGAGGACCAUCUACCUGCACUACAACCAGACGGGCUUCCCCGACCCACUGUCACGGCAUCACGCGUUCUGUUUCAGAGCUCUGCCAUCUGUGGAAGAACCAGGGGUUACCUCCUUCUUUGAAGAAGCUUUUGUAACCCAAGUGAUCCCUGGCGUAGAGGGGGUACCUUCUGGGGAAGAAACAACUGUAGAGAUGGAGUCUACCAUUGAACCCGAGAAUCAGACAGCCUGGGGAACAGAAGUCUUUCCAACUGACGUAUCGCUGCUCUCAGUGACUCCAUCUGCAUUUCCUCCAGUUACUGUAAUACCAGAAGAAACAAGUACUGAUGCUUCCAUCAGUGUGUCAGGGGAGAUCACUGAAUCUGAAGGGCAUCAAGUCAGUGGUGAAUCUUCAACAUCUGGGUGGGUAUCUGGAGUCCCAGAUAUAAGCGGAGAAUCGACUUCUGGAAUUGUUGAACUUAGUGGAGAACACUCCGGGAUUGGAGAAAGUGGAUUGUCAUCAGCAGACCUGCAUACCAGUGGAGAAAGUGGGCUAUCAUCAGGGGACCUAAGUGGAGCACCUUCUGGGAUUGUUGAUGUUAGUGGCUUACCUUCUGCAGGGGAAGAUAUAUCAGUGUCUACUGCAAGGAUACCAGAAAUUAGUGGGAUGCCGUCUGGAGUGGAAAGUAGCGGGCUGAAUUCCGGAUUCAGUGGAGAAUUCUCUGGAACUGAGCUAAUUAGUGGCCUGCCAUCUGGCGAGGAAAGUGGACUCCCAUCUGGGUUUCCUACCGUCUCUCUUGUGGAUUCUACUCUGGUGGAAGUUGUAACAGCAGCAACGGAAAGGCAAGAGGAAGGAAAAGGAUCGAUUGGAGUUAGUGGUGAAGGAUCUGCUGGAUUUCCGUCUGCUGGAUGGGACAUGAGUGGAGGAACCAGUGGACUACCCUCAGGAGCUGAGCUCAGUGGAGAGCUCUCUGGAGUGCCAGAGUUCAGUGGAGAGCUCUCUGGAGUACCCGAGCUCAGUGGGUUACCCUCAGGACUGGAUAUCAGCGGAGAAUCAUCUGGAAUACCUGAGAUCAGUGGCCAGGUGGAUCUCAGUGGCCUUAUUUCUGGUGAUGAUGGAAGUGGUGAGGCUUCAGGCAUUACCUUUCUAAAUGCCAGUUUGGUAGAAGUGACAACCCCCUCUGUGACAGAAGUGGAAGCAAAAGAGCUUUUGGAGAUCAGUGGCUUACCUUCAGGUAGUGAAGACACAUCAGGCAUGGUAUCUGGUAGCUUAGACAUGAGUGGUUCUGGGCAUAUAGACUUCAGCGGGAGUGUUUCUGGAGUGCUUGAGACCAGUGGACUUCCAAGCGGAGUCAUUGAUGGCAGUGGAGAAGUCUCUGGGGUUGAAGUCACUAACGGCCUAAUGUCUGGAGAGGGCAGCGGACUCGUGUCUGGCUUUCCUACAAUCUCUCUUGUGGAUACCACUUUGGUUGAAGUUGUUACUCAGGCAUCUGUUGCACAAGAGGUGGGAGAAGGGCCCUCUGGGAUGAUAGAAAUCAGUGGUUUUCCUUCUGGAGACAGAGGAAUAUCUGGAGAGGGGUCUGCAGUUGUGGACACUAGUGGGUUACCCUCAGGGACAGGAGACUUCAGUGGAGAGCCAUCCGGGAUCCCAUAUUUCAGUGGAGACUUUUCUGGAAUCACAGACCUAAGUGGACAAUCUUCAGCAGUGACUGAUUUUAGCGGGGAGGUCUCAGGGCUUCCAGAAGUCACUUUAGUCACUUCUGAUUUAGCUGAAGCUGUGACAAAGCCAACAGUUUCCCAGGAACUGGGUGGGGAAACAGCAGUCACGUUUCCCUACGGUGUCGGGCCGAGCGGUGAGGCCUCUGCAUCUGGUGAACUCAGUGGGGAAACAUCUGCACUCCCAGAAACUGGGAUAGAAACAUCUUAUGAAAUCAGUGGGGAAACAUCUGCAUUUCCUGAAAGUGGCCUAGAAACAUCCACAGCUCAAGAAACCAGUGGGGAGACAUCUGCAUUUCCUGAAAUUGGCCUAGAAACAUCCACAGUUCAAGAAAUCAGUGGGGAAAAUUCUGCAUUUCCUGAAAUUAGGAUAGAAACGUCCACCAGUCAAGAAGCCAGGGGAGAAACUUCUGGCUAUCCUGAAAUCAGCGCAGAAACAUCUACAGUUCAAGAAAUCAGUGGAGAAACUUCUGCAUUUCCUGAAAUAAGCAUAGAAACGUCUACCGUUCAAGAAAUCAGUGGGGAAACGUCUGCAUUCCCUGAAAUUAGGAUAGAAACCUCUACCGUUCAAGAAAUCAGUGGGGAAACGUCUGGAUUCCCUGAAAUCAGGAUAGAAACAUCCACAAGUCAAGAAGCCAGGGGUGAAACAUCUGCGUUCCCUGAAAUCAGCAUAGAAACCUCAACAAUCUAUGAAAACAGUGGGGAAGUAUCUGCGUUUCCCGAAAUUAGCAUAGAGACUUCGACAGUCCACGAAAUCAGUGGGGAAGCAUCUGCAUUUCCUGAAGUUAAUCUGGAAACAUCUACAACUGAAGAAGCCAGGGGUGAAACAUCUGCAUUUCCUGAAAUUAGCAUAGAAACCUCAACAGUACAGGAAAUCAGUGGGGAAAAUUCUGCAUUUCCUGAGAUUAGAAUAGAAACAUCCACCACUGAAGAAGCUAGGGGUGAAACGUCUGCAUUUCCUGAAAUUAGUAUUGAAGCGACAGUCCAUGAAACCAGUGGGGAAACAUCUGCAUUUCCUGAAAUUAGCAUAGAAACUUCAACAGUCAAUGAAACCAGUGGAGAAAUGUUUCCUGAAAUUAGAAUUGAAACAUCCACAAGUCAAGAAGCCAGGGGUGAAACAUCUGCAUUCCCUGAAAUUAAUAUAGAAACAUCCACAAGUCAAGAAGCUAGGGGAGAAACAUCUGCAUUCCCUGAAAUUACCAUAGAAGCAUCCACAGUUCAGGAAGUAAGUGGGGAAACAUCUAUGUACCCUGGAAUUAGUAUAGAAACUUCGACAGUGCAUGAAAUUAGUGGUGACGAAUCUGCAUUUCCUGCAAUGAGAACUGAAACAUCUACAAGCCAAGAAGCCAGGGGUGAAAUAUCUGCCCUUCCUGAGAUUAGCACAGCAACAUCCCCAGUCCAUGAAAGCAGCAGUGAAAGUUCUGCCUUGCCUGGUGUUCACAUGGAAACAGCUACUGCACCUUCACUCGGUCCAGAGUCUUCUGGAGCUCCUGAGAAGGAAGUGACUGAAGCAACAUCUGAAACUCUGACACACUCAGACACAAACAUUUCAGGGGAAACCUCUGUCCCAGACACUGUAAUUAGCACCCAGAUUCCAGAUGUUGAAUUAACACAGGAAGCCAAGAGUCCUGAAGAGGCUCAGCUUGAAAUAGAGUCCUCCACUCCCACAGCGUCAGGACAAGAGACAGAACCUGCUGUUGCUCAAGACUCUCAACCUCUGUCAGCCACUGCUACUGCAAUCCUGCCCCAAGUAUCACAAGAAGCAGUAGAUGCAUUAGGACCCACUGCUGAAGACAUUGAUGAGUGCCACUCAAGCCCCUGUCUGAAUGGAGCUACCUGCGUUGAUGGCAUCGACUCUUUCCAAUGCUUAUGCCUUCCCAGCUACGGAGGGGACAUGUGUGAGAUCGACCUGGAAAACUGUGAGGAAGGCUGGACCAAGUUCCAGGGCCACUGUUACAGGCACUUUGAAGAGAGGGAGACUUGGGUGGAUGCAGAGACCAGAUGCCGAGAACAUCAAGCCCACCUGAGCAGUAUCAUCACCCCGGAAGAGCAAGACUUUGUGAACAACCAUGCACAGGACUACCAGUGGAUCGGGCUCAGCGACAGAACCGUGGAGAAUGACUUCCGCUGGUCCGACGGGCACUCGCUGCAAUUUGAGAACUGGCGGCCCAAUCAACCCGAUAACUUCUUUGCCGCUGGUGAAGACUGUGUUGUGAUGAUCUGGCACGAGCAAGGCGAAUGGAACGACGUCCCGUGCAACUACCAUCUCCCUUUCACGUGCAAGAAAGGAACAGUGGCCUGUGGGGACCCCCCUGUGGUGGAGAAUGCCCGGACCUUCGGCAGGAAGAAGGAGCGCUACGAGAUAAACUCCUUGGUUCGGUACCAGUGCAACCACGGCUACGUCCAGCGCCACGUGCCCACGAUUCGGUGCCAGCCCAAUGGGCAGUGGGAGGAACCACGGAUAUCCUGCACAAACCCCUCCAGCUUCCAGCGCCGGCUAUACAAGAGGAGCCCCAGAACUCGGUCGAGACCCAGCGGCGGAGCCGAGCACGGGCCCCCCCAUUAG